UUGGAAAUAUACCGUACGAACUUACCGAAGAGCAGUUAACAGAGGUAUUCAAAGAAGUUGGACCAGUCGUAUCUUUUCGUCUUGUAUUUGAUCGAGACAGCGGAAGGCCUAGAGGAUAUGGUUUUUGCGAAUAUCACGAUGCCGAAACAGCUGCAAGCGCAGUGCGCAAUCUCAAUAAUGUAGAGGUUGGUGGAAGACAGCUAAGGGUUGAUUAUGCUGACGGGGAUCCCGCAAAUGCACCUUCGAUUCCACCAUCUGAAAGAUCUAACGUAGAAAGACCACCACCACCUUCUCAGCAACCACCACAAUCAAUUGUUCCGCAAAAUACACCGCAGCAAUCUGCAAUCGAAAGUAUUUCACAAACAGUUCAGCACUCAAUGACUCAGGCUCAACUUCUUGAAAUUUUGUCCACGAUGAAGUUGCUCAUCCAAACACAUCAAGAUCAAGCUCGAUUACUAUUAGCCCAAAAUCCUCAACUUUCAUAUGCAUUAUUUCAAGCACUGCUACAACAGAAUUUAGUCGAUCCAGCAAUACUACCGCGUGUACUACUGCAUAGCAAUCCUCAAGCACAAUCUCAACCUAAUCCUGUACAAAAUCCACCCUCACUCGUUCCUCCGCCAAAUUAUGUUCCGCCUAACGUGCCUAAUGCGGCCGCAGUGCCACCGCAACUUCAACCUGCUAUGUAUUCUACGAUUCCUCAACAACCGCAACCAAUGAUUCAACAACCAAUGGCACAAACUAUGCAGCAACCCAUGACGCAGAACAUGCAGCAGCCCAUAACGCAAACCAUGCAACAACCAAUAACGCAAACUAUGCAACCGCCAAUGGGAAUGCCGGUGAUGAAUACUGGAAUGAUGCCUGUUAUAGGAAAUGUUGGCGUUACUCCGUCUACGUCUUCCGUAGCCGGAAUGCCUUUGCAUAAUUUAGAUGAUGUGCAAAUUCAAGAAGCUCAAAAAUCGCAACUUUUGCUUCAAGUUCUUAAUCUUCCACAACAACAAAUUGAUAUGUUACCACCUGAACAACGUAACCAUGUUUUAGCUUUGGUGG